AUGCGCAUCAACUACACCCUAGGACUCGUGGCACUCGCAACCAUUGUCGGUGUCGGCGCCUCGCCCGUGCCUAACGCACCCAACGCUGGCAUCAAAGCACCUCUUCCUGGUGUUGGCAAACGUGCCCUCCCAGGCGUAGCCAAAAUAAACGCUGCUGCUCUCCCGGGUGUUGCCAAACGUGCACCCGCACCCGUACCCGCACCCGCACCCGCUCGCGGUCUCCCAGGUGUAGCUAAAGUAAAUGCAGCUGGCCUUCCGGGUGUCGCCAAACGUGCCGACGAGGACGCAAUCCGACCAGCUAAAGCACGAGCAGAACUCGCAAUUGAUGCAAUCCCACCCCUCGCUAAACGUGCCGUAAAUGCAAAGGCUGCAGGGCUCCCUGCCGCUGGAAAGUGA